AAUGACUACAACAACAACAACACAAGCUUCUUCAUCGUCAACUCCAAUUAGCGAAAAAGAACAACAAAAAAUAAUUGAUGGUUAUCAAAAAUUGAGAGAUCAACAACAAAAUGUAAUGAAUGAAUUGGCAAAAUUGCGAGUUGAGCAUCGGGAACACGCAACAGUUCUGAAGACUAUGCAAACAUUGGAACCGGACAGGAAAUGUUUUCGGCAAGUUGGAGACACCUUAAUUGAAUUUAAAGCAUCUGAACUGGUCAUCAUUUUGGCCGAGACGAUGAAAAAGUUCAAAGAACGUAUGGACGAGCUUGAACAACAGAUGGUCAAACAUGGACAAGAAUUGAAUGCCUACAAAGACAAACACAAUAUUCGAUUGCUGAGCAACAAAGAAGCAAUGGAAUUACAAAAGAAGCAGGCACUGGCUCAAAUAUCAAAAUUGGAUUUGGGGACGAAGGAGACGAAAACAUAG